AUGAUGAUGACAAAUAUGACAUUUACAAAAGGGAUAGAAACACCAAAAUACAUGGCACCAGAAGUAUUAAAUCGUCAACAUUAUAAAAUGCGAUCAGAUAUAUAUUCAUUUUCAAUAACAAUGUUACAAAUCAUUACAUGGCAAGAUCCAUUUCCUAAAACAUUAUAUCCACAUCCAUGGGAUAUUGCAGAUACAAUCACAACAGGUAAACGAACAAAUAUAAUAAAAGAAGUUCAAGAAGAUAUUAAAGAAAUUAUUGAAAAGUCAUGGCAACAAGAAUUAAACAAAAGAUUAAUAACAAUAAAUGAAAUUGUAAGAAUGUUAGAGAGAAUUGAAAAUACAUAA